ACACACCGACUUGCUCUAGCACCCCUUUAGGUCAUAUGAUCACAAAUAUUUUUCUCGUACUGCUCACCUGUACGGAAAAGUAAAGUGUUUCACGGUCUCUGUCGCGAAGUCGUUCGAGUUUUCGAGAGCUUGCUGCCUGUCCGACUUUCCUACCAGCAAACAUGACCGACGUUCAGGACAUUAUGUCGUCACUUCCGGACGACAAAAUCGAUAUGAUUGCUGCGACCAGCGUCUUGCAGCAGCAGGCCGGAGACAUCCGCCAGAACAAGCCGAACUGGUACUCCUACAUGCAGUCGCAGAUGAUUUCGCAGGAAGAUUAUGCUUGCGUCAGCUCGCUGGACAAGGAUAAGAAGGCUCAGGCGCAGUACCUGCAGGAAAACGCCGGACAGUGCGCAAAAACGCUGCUCAACAUGCUGUCCCACGUCUCGAAGGAUCAAACGAUCCAGUACAUUCUGGUGCUGAUCGACGAUCUGCUGCAGGAGGACCGUGGCCGUGUGCAGAUCUUCCACGAUUAUGCCAACAAGAAGAAGGAAAGCGUGUGGGCCCCGUUCCUGAAUCUCCUCAACCGGCAGGAUGGGUUCAUCGUGAACAUGGCGUCGCGUGUCGUGGGCAAGCUGGCCUGCUGGGGCCAGGAGCAGAUGCCCAAGUCCGAUCUGCACUUCUACCUGCAGUGGCUAAAGGAUCAGCUGACCGUUGCUGCUCAAAAAUUGUUGCAUGAAAUGGAGGAGGCGGAAAAGAAGCGGCUGGCGGAAGCGGCCGCCUCGCACCAUGGCCACCAUGGGCAUCAUGGCGAAGCGCAUCACCCGAACAGCCACCAUCACCAGAUCGCGGAGCGGUACCGCGAAAUUUCGAGCGCGAUCGACGAUCCGCAGAGAGGUUCCUCCACGCAGGCAGAUCUUCACGUGACCCUAACGAACAACGAAUACAUCCAAUCGGUGGCACGCUGUCUGCAGAUGAUGCUGCGCGUCGAUGAGUAUCGGUUUGCGUUCGUCACCGUCGAUGGUAUCAGCACGCUCAUCAGCAUCCUUUCGUCCCGGGUGAACUUCCAGGUUCAAUACCAGCUGGUGUUCUGUCUGUGGGUGCUCACGUUCAAUCCGCUGCUGGCGGAAAAGAUGAACAAGUUCAACGUGAUCCCAAUUCUGGCCGACAUUCUGAGCGACUGUGCGAAGGAAAAGGUGACGCGCAUCAUUCUCGCCGUGUUCCGCAACCUGAUCGAGAAGCCGGAAGAUUCGCAGGUCGCGAAGGAGCACUGCAUCGCGAUGGUGCAGUGUAAGGUGAUGAAGCAGCUGACGAUUUUGGAGCAGCGCCGGUUCGACGAUGAGGACAUUACCGGGGACGUCGAGUUUCUGACGGAAAAGCUGCAGAAUUCGGUGCAGGAUUUGAGCUCGUUCGAUGAGUACUCGACGGAGGUGAAGAGCGCCCGGCUCGAGUGGUCCCCGGUACACAAGUCGGCCAAGUUCUGGCGUGAAAAUGCGCAGCGCUUGAACGAGAAGCAGUACGAGCUGUUGCGCAUUCUGGUGCAUCUGCUGGAAACGUCGAAGGACCCGCUGGUGCUGUCGGUGGCGAGCUACGACAUCGGGGAGUACGUGCGUCACUACCCGCGGGGCAAACACGUUAUUGAGCAGCUUGGAGGCAAGCAGCUGGUGAUGCAACUGCUCGCCCACGAAGACCCGAACGUCCGUUACGAAGCUUUGCUCGCUGUCCAGAAGCUGAUGGUGCACAACUGGGAGUACCUUGGCAAGCAGCUCGAGAAGGAAAAUGAAAAGGCACCGCAGGGAACCGCACCGAUCAGUGGCAAAGCUUAAACGCCCCCUUUUUAAAACACCGUACCGAACAAGCCGCCGUUAAGAUCGAUCGGGCACAUUCUGUAGGGCAAAAACAGAGAGAGAGAGAUAGAGGAAAAUGCAUUCCAUACCGUGGACAAAAUUUCGGAAAGUUAGUGUGAGCGUGUGUGUGUGUGUGUGUACAUAAAAGUUCCCCGUUCAAGCUGCGUACAUAUAAACACUUGAAGAUCAAGAAACAGCCCCCCCGCGAUGAUAGUAAUGGGCAGCCCACAAAGCGAAGCACGAAAGCCACGUUUCAAAGGGAGCAUAGUGCCGAACAGCACCUUCCUGCUUAAUGUAUUACACUAUAUAAAAAAUUGUUAUGUUUUUUUGCUGUUUGUUUCUCCUGGUGAGCAUACCCUGUCAUCAAACAACGCUUCACUGGUGUAAUUAGCUGUAAGUGAUAGUUUUUUUCAUUUCAAGUGCAACAUACAUAGAGAAAGAUGAGCGAAUCGAAGGACGAACAUAAAUAAAACACCCUUUUAAUCAAGAUGUAAGCAACAAU